GAUCACAUCUGGUAAGAAAGUAAAUAAUCAAAGCUGCGGAUAAGGCAAACCUACUUGAAUGAUGCAAUUGCUUUGCUUUCUAUUUGGUAAAGUCCUGGCCCUCUUUCACAUUAAUUUGUUGUUCGUCUAAUUCUCUUUUGAUCAUGCACAAAGGUAAAGAGCUAGUAGGGACACCAAAUAUGCAAAUGUAAUUGUCAAAUUCAUCCUACCUGGAGUAUCCCUCGCCCAAAGUUCACUUAUCUACUGCUGAAGAGACUGAAACCUCCUCACAUUGCUCAUCAGACAGUAGACAGACCGAUUAACAUGGCUGAUUGGGGACCGGUGUUAAUAGCAGUGAUGUUGUUUGUGCUGUUGACUCCUGGACUUCUGUUCCAACUUCCAGGAAGCAGCAGGUCAAUAGAGUUUGCCAAUUUCCAGACAAGUGCAAUCUCCAUCUUCAUCCAUACUCUUCUCUACUUUGCAUUAAUUACUAUGUUCCUUAUCGCCAUUGGAGUCCACAUUUACUUCGCCUAAUAUAUUCCAUCAACAGAUCCAUCUUCUCCUAAAGGCAAGUUUCACUUCAUUUGUUAGUUAUAUCCAGAUUUGUGAGUAACUCCUAUGAUUUAUUACAUCACAAAUAAUAAGCAUGACAAAGCAUAAGAGGUACUGAUCAUCAAGCCAAACACAUGAGGAACUUAUUACAAAAUCAUCAGGUCAGCAUUCGCAAGAGUAAAGAUGUAGUGAAGUUUACUUGGCAUGUUUCAGACUCUGUAUCUUGCAGCUAGAGUUCUCAGCUGCACCUAUGCAAACAGGCAGCAAGCUGUAAUCUUUUACUAGUUUUUCCAUUUCCCAUACAGAAUUAAAGCAAUUGCAAUAAGUCAUUCUUCCACUAUAACUACAACAUAUGAAAAUAACAUCCAAUAAAGAUGCCACGUUGCCACUAUUCA